AUGGCAUCAACAACAAUCAUCCUGCCAGCCGACUACGGCUAUGUCGUUCUUGUUGCUCUGGGUGCAAUUCCCGUGCUGGCCUUUGGUCAGGGCAUGGUGGUCUCAACCAAAAGAAAAGCAGCUAAGGUGCCAUAUCCCAACUACGAAGCUUCAAUCCAGCAAGUCAAAGAGUCGCGCGACGCCUACGUCUUCAACGCCGCCCAACGCGCACACGGCAAUCUGCUGGAGAAUAUGUCCCAGACUGUGCUCAUGAUGCUGGUUGGUGGCCUAGCCUAUCCCAGGCUGGCGGCAGCGAUGGGCGCAGGCUGGGUGUUGUGCCGGGCACUCUUCGCCUAUGGCUACGUUACCAGCACGAAGCCGCACGGCAAGGGCCGAUAUUUGGGCGGUGCUUUUUGGCUGUUUCAGGCAGGGUUCUGGGGUCUGAGCUGCGCUGUGGGUUUCAAGCUCUUGAACGGCAGCUUGAUUUGA